AUGGCAACCCUUGAUGGAAAAGUAUUCGCAAUUACUGGUGGUGCUAGCGGUAUCGGGUUUGCAACGGCACAGAUAAUAUCUAAACGUGGUGGGAUUGUUUGCAUAGCCGAUGUUGACCCGGCAGCUAUAAGCAACGCAGAAGAAUACUUUACCAGCCAAAAUGCACCCUUUACUGUUACUAAGGUAGAUGUUUCUAAGCGAGACGAGGUUGAAUCUUGGAUCGACGGUAUCGUCCAGAAAUACGGAAGACUCGAUGGCGCUGCUAACGUCGCGGGUAUAAUCGGCAAACAUCAUGGCGUACGAGAGGUUGCUGAUCUCGACGACGACGAAUGGCACAAAAUAAUCGCAGUUAACCUUACGGGAACUAUGUAUUGCUUAAGAGCUGAACUCCGAAAAAUCGUUGAGGGUGGUUCUAUUGUGAAUGUUUCAUCUAUUCACGGGCUUCAAGGGUUUGCUAAACAUGGAGCGUAUGAUGCCAGCAAACAUGGUGUCAUAGGUCUGACAAAAGCUGCUGCCAAAGAAAAUGGAGUCCGGCAAGUGCGUGUCAACGCGGUGGCCCCGGGAGCCAUAUUUACUCCGCUGAUGGAGAAGAGCUGGAAAAUCCAUAAUCGACCAUCUGAUGCACCCUUUGAUGAUACGGCAGCUCUCGGCAGACAAGGCACGGCGGAGGAAUGCGGCCACGUCAUUGCUUUCCUUUUGGGCCCUGACUCCAAGUAUGUGAGCGGGAGUGUAUAUUCUAUCGACGGCGCCAUGUAG